AUGGCAACAACAAUCAUAGAACCAACCCGUCCAAUCGCCAUCACCAAUCCAAACCCAAGACAACGAGUCUGCUUCUCAUUCGCAGCCUACGCCAAGAACCUCAUUGACCAUCUCAAGAACUCCGACGUAUUCAUCGAACAAGGCCUCAACGACGCUGAAUUCUCCACCAUCGAAUCCACCUUCCACUUCACAUUCCCUCCUGAUCUCCGCUCUAUUCUCCAAGAAGGCCUUCCUAUUGGCCCUGGCUUCCCCAAUUGGCGAGCCUCUUCGACCCAACAACUCGAAAUCCUCAUAAACCUACCGAUUCUGGGUCUGUGCAGAGAAGUCUCGAGAAAUAAUUUUUGGCUAGAAUCUUGGGGUGAGAGACCAAAUGACAUUGAAGAAGCUGUGAAUUUGGCUAAAGGGUUUUUGAAAAAAGCCCCAGUUCUUGUACCGGUUUAUCGGUACUGUUACAUAGCUUCAACGCCGGGUUUGGCUGGAAAUCCCAUUUUCUACGUGCAUGGAUGUGAGAUUAGGUUAUGGAGCUUUGAUCUUGUUGGGUUUUUUCAACAAGUAGAGUUUAAGAUGAAUGAUGGGGUUUUGAGGCGGCAGAGCUUGUCGAACUUGUUGAAUGUACCAGCCUGGGCGGCGACGGAGGCAAGGAGGAUCGAGUUUUGGACUGAAUUUGUGAUGAGAGAGGAGAGGGUGGUGGCGCGUGGGGACACUCGAGGGUGGUGGAGUGGGAAUUUGUGUCUGGGCGGGUGUUUGGAGGAGGCUUGUUGGAGGUUGAGGGAUGGAGGGUGGAAAGAGGAUGAUGUUAGGGAGAUGUUGAUGAUGGACGGUGAUGAUGAGCAUGAUCAUCAUCAUAAUAAGAAACAUGAUCAUCCUGAUAAUAAGGUGUUGAGAGAUAAGGAGGGUGUGGUGUGGCACGUGAGGGUGUUGUCUCUUAGGUUAUUGCGUGCAGGGUGGAGCACAGAAGAUGUGGUGGAGUCUCUCGGAUUCCCAGAUGAUUAUGAGAAUGGUGCUCAUGAUGGAGAGUCGUGGUUUGACUUUCAACACGAAAGCAAUUCUGAUGAUCAAAAGAGCAGUAUGAAUCAGUUGAUGAACUCGCAUUCUAUUGAUGUGUAAAUAUGCCUGGGCUCACUGAGUUAUAGUGCUUGAUUGGUUCUGUGUUGAGAUAGGUUUUUUUUUUUUUUUUUU